AUGACUUCAGAGACCACUUAUGCUGAAUUGAGUUUCAAAAAUGAAUCCAAGUCCUCAAGCACCAAAUCAUGGCCUCCUGCAGCUCCCAAAGAGAAGACCAGCCCACACAAAAGUAACCCCAGUUUUCCCAAGCUACUUUUUGCCUCGUUGCUGGUACUUCUGCUGCUAUUGACAAUCUCAUUUUUUAUCGCUUUUAUCAAGAAAGAUUGGAGCUGCUUUCCAAAGGCUUGGAAGUCAUUUAGUUCCAACUGCUACUUUAUUUCUACUAUAACAAGAAAUUGGACUGAGAGUGAGAGGAACUGCUCAGAAAUGAAGGCUCACCUGCUGGUGAUAAACACCAAGGAUGAACAGAAUUUUAUCUUCCAGAACCUGGAUACAUAUUCUACUUAUUACAUAGGGCUGUCAAACCCAAAGGGAAAAAGAGAUUGGAAAUGGGUUGAUCAAACAUCAUACAAUGAAAGUGUCACAUUUUGGCACUUGGGUGAACCCAGUAAUCUUGAUGAGGGUUGUGUUAUGCUACAUUUUUGUUAUCUAUCAAGAAAAUGGGGCUGGAACAAUGUUCCUUGUAAUGGACGUCGCAAGUCGAUUUGCAAGAUGAUGAAGAUCUACUUAUGA